ACACACGCAUACACACACGCUUUCAAAUACACACCCAGUCUCUUUCCUUUUCUUUCUCACAAACACACAGUCUGUCUCUGUCUGACUACUUUAAAAGCAGUAAUUAUAAAUGACGUGGUUAUCAGGGCAUCCAGGUCUACUCCCCUCUACCAACACACACUCGCACACACACACGCACACAUGUACACACACCUUUAUUCCUCCUGCACUAUCUCCUCUUCCCUUUUUUCUCUUUUCUCCAUCCACUCUUUUCUUUUCUCUCAGUAUUGUGUCAGGCAAGGCAGCAGCUCUCGCCGGUGUGUAUGACAUAGAGUGAGGACUGAGUGUGUAGUCUGGCAAGAAAGUAAGGGUCAGACCUUUUCCUACCAAUCAGAUCCAUGCUGGGAAAUAAUCUAAAACCAGUACUCACUUCUCCUUUACCACAGAGAGCCAGUUUUAGUCACACCAGACUUUCUUCCCCUAUAGUUUCACUGUUCCACUUUUACAGGUGGCAGGAUAAACAUGUGGAUGUCGGUCUCAAACACUUCUGAACCGCACAAUUAUGUUAGCGAGUCUUAUGCAUCGGUGUGGAAUACAGAAUGAGCUCGAGGCUCAAUCGAAUGUCUGUUAUGGAUAUGAGACUGCCUGGCGGCAUAUAUCAUCUUGUUAAGAAAGCCCAGUGUGGCAGGCAUUAUGAAGGCAGCUACGGAGGAGGAGAGUAGCCGCUUGGUGCGGACCUACCCUAAGAUGACUGAGUGCCAAGUGGAUGUGGGCACACAGACGGAGCCUGUGGUGGUGCUAUCUCUGGCUCAGGCUGCCGUUCUUGGCCUCAUCUCCCAGAAUGAAAUCUUCGGGGCCACCAUUGCUCCUAAUGGCUUUUAUACAGGGGAACCCAGAGAGUGUCCCCCUCCGCCACCUGAGGCAAUGGAGUACGAGUAUGCUGACCAGCUAAUCGGGGCCAAUGGGGAUUACCUGGCGGAGCCUGCCGGGGAGCCAGAGCCCCAGCCCCACUGCAGUGAGAGAAGACGGCCUGGACCUCGUGGGAGGACCAAGAGGCCCAGGAGUGGCGUAGAACUAGAGGUUCACCAACACAAAGCAACUAGUCCACAGGCUCAGAUUAAAGGUGAACGGCUUGAGUCUGAUACCCCUCCUUCCUGCAUUCACAUGAACAGCAGGCGUAGUCCUGGCAAGUCGGAGGAUCCAGUCACCAAACAAAGUUCUCUGAAAGAGGAGCAGGCUUGCGGAAACUGCCCCUCAUGUGUGAGAGAUACACCCAGGCCGCAAACAGAUGGACAGUCAGAACAGGAACAAGAGGAAAACACUGGUAGAGAACGAGAGAGGAAGGAAGAAGAGUUGGUGGUGGAGGAAGAGGAAGAGGCACUAAAUCUCAAGACCAGUGGAGAAAAUGGCAGUCCUCUGGGGAGCCGCUAUUAUGAGUCCAAUGAGGUGGCCUAUGAGUCUGCCGAUAUGGCAUUGCCAGGAGAGUAUGAGGAGAACAGCCAGGCCAUGCUGUGGUCAGACCCAGAGGGCCUCGCAAGGCGAAUGCAGAUUGACCGGCUGGACAUCAAUGUACAGAUCGAUGAGUCUUACUGCGUAGACGUCGGAGAGGGUCUGAAACGCUGGAAGUGCCGCAUGUGUGAGAAGUCGUACACAUCCAAAUAUAACCUCGUCACUCAUAUUCUUGGCCAUAAUGGAAUUAAGCCCCAUGAAUGUCUACACUGUGGAAAACUCUUCAAGCAGCCCAGCCACCUCCAAACUCACCUGCUCACCCACCAGGGAACCAGACCUCACAAGUGCACCGUUUGCGAAAAGGCCUUCACGCAGACCAGCCACCUGAAGAGGCACAUGCUGCAGCAUUCAGAUGUCAAGCCCUACAGCUGUCGUUUCUGUGGCCGUGGCUUUGCCUACCCGAGUGAGCUGAGGACCCAUGAGAACAAACACGAGAACGGCCAGUGCCAUGUCUGCACCCAGUGUGGCCUUGAGUUCCCAACCUACGCACACCUGAAGCGACACCUGACUAGCCAUCAGGGUCCGACCACAUACCAGUGCACAGAGUGCCACAAGUCAUUUGCCUACCGCAGCCAGCUGCAGAACCACUUGAUGAAACACCAGAAUGUGCGUCCCUACGUUUGCCCCGAGUGCGGUAUGGAGUUUGUCCAAAUCCACCACCUCCGACAACACGCUCUCACUCACAAGGUACUGACAGCGCACACCCUUGUACCUAAGGGUAUGAAAGAAUUCAAGUGUGACGUUUGUGCCAGAGAGUUCACCCUGUCUGCCAACCUAAAGAGACACAUGUUGAUCCAUGCCAGCGUGAGGCCCUUCCAGUGCCACGUCUGCUUCAAGACCUUUGUCCAGAAGCAAACUCUUAAAACGCAUAUGAUUGUCCACCUGCCGGUCAAGCCUUUCAAAUGCAAGGUGUGCGGAAAGUCAUUUAACAGAAUGUACAACCUUCUCGGCCACAUGCAUCUCCACGCCGGCAGCAAGCCCUUCAAGUGCCCUUACUGCACCAGCAAGUUCAACCUGAAGGGCAACCUCAGCCGACACAUGAAGGUCAAACACGGCAUCAUGGACACCUCAAUAGACGGACAUGAACCCCCCCAAGACACAGAAAGCCAGGAGGACUAUGAAGAGGAGAGCUUUGAAUUCAGUGAGCGAGAAAACCGGGCUAACAACAACAACACACCAGACAUUGCUAAACUAUCUCAAAUGGAGUAUUACAGCACCUAUGGGAAGGGCGCAGGGCGCUUCAGCACCGCAUGAAUUAUUAAAAUGACCCCAAAAUAAGUGUGAACUAAUGAAAACGGGAUUGUUUUUUUUUUAUUGUUUUUUUUUUUUAUUGUUGUUGUUGGUGUUGUUUUUUGCUGUUAAAGGCUCGAUAGUGCUCGAGUUGUUCUUCGAGGGUGUGGAGAAACCCAGCAAACUGCACAUUCAUAUGCACUGGAAUCACUCGUAAUUACAAAAAAUUUGGAAGUUUAUACUUUUUACCUUAUUACAUAUUUUUCAUCUCUAAAACACAGCAAAUCUACUGAGUAAAAAAAAAUAUAUUUGAGAAAAGUGGACUGUCUAAAAACAGCAGCAUUUAGAUUUAAAAAAAGAAAUCUAUAUAAAUACAUAUAUGUUGUUAGUUGCCUAAUUUGAAAAGCACAUGUUCUUUUUUAAGCUACAAGCAUAAAAGCAUAUGGUGAUGUUAUACUGCACUUACUCAUUCAGACAAUCCCAGUUCUGUGUUUUCUGGGGUUAACUAAUGUGAAGGGUUAAAGAAGGGAACAAGUGUACUGUUCAUUUCACUUGCCAAAGCUUAUCAAGUUGCAGAAGUUAAAGAUUCACUUUGAUUUAUACUGUGAUAAAUUAAAUUUGAGGUCUGCAAAGUAAGUUAAAUUUGCAAUCCGUGCUUUAUUGUAUAUUACUGUACAGAAUGUAUCAGUCAUCUUACAUUGGCUGGUACUGUAAUCAGUGCGUUGCACUGAGGACCACUGUGUCUACUUUUUAGGUUUCUGCAUUAACAAGCAUCACCCUGUAUUGAUCUCUAGUCUGAAUGUAAUUGUUUCUGUGGAAUGUUUUAAGAUGCUAAUGAAAAGAAAAUCAAAAUAACCUUUUUAAAUGGUAGGACCCCUUUACCAAAGAAUUGGAUCAAAUCUUGCAGCUAUGGGCACUGUAAGUAUCUUUUCUGUGCUGUUGUGUUGAGCUGGGACAUUGGAUUUCUUAGGGUCCAAUCGCAGACCUCAUGAAAUUACAUUCAGGUUCCCUUCCCACCCAUCUGUAGAUCUCUUCAAAAGAUUACCACAGAGAACAGACUGUGGUACAGCUUCUCUUUCAACAAACCUCACCGUUCCCCCCACAUCCAAGCCUUGACGAAACAAGACUGCAGCAUUCUUCAGAAGCAAUGCAAACCCUGCAUUCGUUUCAGUUUUUAUUUUGUGUGUUUUUUUUUUAAGUGGAUGAAUCUCAACAAGAAUUGUCCCAAAAAACUCAGACAGAAAUAUUAAGUGCCCCAGUGUGUCUGCAACAGCAUGCCAUCCAUCAUGCUGUACACUGGUCUCAAGUGAUGAACGACAACCUCCCAACAUGUGACAGGGCCAUGGACCUUGUGGAAAAUGAUUUGGGAAAUGCUCAAUAUAUUCAGUUUCCCAGUGCUUAGCUUUUCAAACUUGUAACCUGCAAACAAGGUAUCCAUUUGCAAUGUUGAUAUAGCGCAUUUAAAAUAAAAAAUGCUCAAUUUUGUGAGUUUUUCAGCUUCUGUGUUUAUUCCAUCACUGUUUUAGUGAUGAUACAAAGGGGAAGAUGUUCAGCUUAAAUGGCUUUCUGUAUUAGACAUUAGUGUGGAGAUAAUGUGGAUAGAAAUGUAUGUACAAUGUUGUGUACCAGACAAUACUGUAAAAUAAUAAAUUUAUUUACCUUUAACAUGGUUCAUCUUUGUUGAAAAACAUCGCAAAAUACCAAUGUUGGGUCAAACCAGGGAUGUUUAUUGGCAAAUCCGUUUGACACAUGCUUCAGCCCUGCCCACGGCAUUACACAGUAUUGAAUACA